UUGGCUGUAGAGAGGCAGAGACUCUAAAUGGGGACAUUUAAAGUCAUUGAAUUUUGUAGCAAAGGCUAAAAUUAAUUGAAAAUAAAAAAGAAUCUAUUAAAUUUAAGAGUAUACCUUAAUUUGUAGGAAUCUGAAUCCAGUUUGUUCACAAUCAAUUUGUGGAAAGUGUUCUUCAAACUGCAUCCAUGGCGGACGCAUUCUUCUCCUUCUUCGUUCUCCUCCCUCUGCUCCUCCUCGCCGUCCUCUACUUCCUGGUACGACCCCGCCCCGUCAAGAUCCCAAUCAAGAACCGCCACGUCUUCAUCACCGGCGGAUCGAGCGGCAUCGGCCUCGCACUCGCUCACCGCGCUGCCUCCGAGGGCGCGCGCGUCUCGAUCCUGGCGCGGUCGCCGGAGAAGCUGGAGGAGGCGAAGAACGCCGUCCGGCUUGCUACAGGGAUCGACGUGGCGGUGUUCGCUGCCGAUGUCCGCGACUACGAGGCGGUGAAGAAGGCGGUGGAGGAGGCUGGGCCAAUCGAUGUGCUGAUACUCAACCAUGGCGUGUUCACUGCGUUGGAGCUGGAGAAGAUGGAGCUGAGUGAGGUGAAGUUCACCAUUGAUGUGAAUUUGAUGGGGACGUUGAACAUGAUCAAAGCUGCGUUGCCUGCAAUGAAGGCCAGGAAGGACCCUUUGCCUGCUUCCAUUGCUCUCAUGUCCUCACAAGCUGGUCAGGUGGGAAUUUAUGGUUAUGUAGCUUAUUCAGCCAGUAAAUUUGGUCUCCUUGGUGUAGCACAGUCAUUGCAACAUGAGGUUAUAGCUGAUAAUAUUCAUGUCUCUCUCAUAUUCCCUCCAGACACAGAUACUCCUGGAUUCGUAGAAGAAAACAAAAGAAAACCAGAGCUUACCAAAAUCAUUUCAGCCUCUUCUGGUGCUAUGAAAGCUGAGGAUGUAGCUCAGAAAGCUUUUGAUGGCAUAAAAUGUGGCAGUUUUAUCAUUUCUUGUAAUUUGGAGGGAUUUGCGCUAUCCCUAGCAACUGCAGGUUUAUCACCUCAGAGAUCAUUCUUAAUGGCAUUUCUUGAGGUUGUUGCUGCUGGAAUAAUACGUAUAGUGGCCCUAUGUUUCCAGUGGAGUUGGUUUGGAAGUAUAGAGAAAUGGCACAGUCAAAAGAAGGGUUCUUCCUAAAGGAGGUGAUGCACUCGGAGCUUGGUACGCUGUUUUAGGAGAGUUACAUGCAAAUAAUAGGGUGUUGUUUCUUCUACUCUGUUCUACAAAGGAAAUUCAACUGACUGUUGACAGAUGAGAACUCGAUAUACAUCAAGUUGUUCAAGUUUGUGGUAGUUGAUAGAGAUUAGAGGGUAAAAAAAUGAAAAUACGGUACAUCUCAUUAUCAACUCAGUUUUGUUAAGUGGACAAAAUGAUUAGCAAUUUAGCAUCCUAAAUUUUGAAUCGUUCAUUAUAGAGGAUGGUGUUUGGCUUUCUUUUGCAGAUUUAUUUGUAGUUAUUUGUCUUAAUAUGUACUAUGUGAAGCAUGAAUGAAGAUUUUGGCCCCGUUUGGUUAUUUUUCAAACGGGAAAGUAACA